AUGGCGUGGAGUCAUUCAGCUCGUCGCUGGCGGGCUCUUCGUCAAUGCUGCACCCCAAAGCUACGAUUUUAUUCCACCCAGCAAGCUCACAGUCCGCCGCCAUGGAGGCCACGUGACAUCCGUCCUAUCAGUUUGCGACAGCUAACUUUCUUUGGACGAACCCUGACUGAAUCCCGGCUCAUCAGCUCGGCCAACUACGUACGAACUGAGCUUCCAACCAGACUCGCGCAUCGCCUACGAGAUAUCCAACGACUCCCGUAUGUUGUGGUUGCCAACCCCCACCUGUCCAUGGUAUACGAGCUCUACUACAAAGCAUUCGAGCGAUUUCGGACCAUCCCGGAAAUAAAGACGUUAGAUGACAAUGACAAAUUCUGCGACAUCCUACGCAAAACGCUCCGAGAACACCUAGUUGUGAUUCCUAAAUUGGCAACGGGUGUCCUGGAGUGCCGCGAGCUUGUCCCGUCAGAUGUGCUGGACAGCUUCAUGAACACUCUUCUCCGAGCGAGAAUUUCACGCCGCGUUAUCGCCGAGCAACAUCUUGCUUUAACGGAAACCUUCAACUCUCCAUGGCACUUUCCUGGCUCCCAAGACCGCACAGACCUGAAUGCCGACUUUGUCGGUGAGGUUUUCCUCAGAUGCAACGCGAAAGAGGUUGCUGAACGGUGCGGAAAGCUGGCGCAAGAUAUGUUGCGGCAGAGCGGUGCAUCGGAUAAGAUCCCGGAAAUCACGGUGCAGGGUCACCUCGAGGCAACCUUUCCUUACAUGCUGAGUCACCUGGAGUAUAUCAUCGGUGAGCUACUCCGAAAUUCGAUACAAGCUGUGAGCGAACGAUACCGAGACUCUUCGGAGAAACCGCCACCUAUCGAGGUUCUCAUCUGCGAGGCCCCGCAGCAUGUGAUCCUGCGCGUAUCGGAUCAGGGCGGCGGCAUACCGCGUAAGGUUCUGCCAUACCUGUGGUCUUUCAACAAGGGCCCUUACAGCACGUCACAUCUCCAGAAUUUGGAGCAGGUUCCUGCCAUGGCUGCCACCAUGCAGGAGCUGUGCGUGCCGACGGAAAGAAAGGAUGCGGAUCGGGACACAUUCCGCGAGAGCUCGCUGGAUUCGCUGACCUCGCGGCCUCCUAAUCUGCGUCUGGGGAUCGGAUUGCCCAUGAGCCGAGUGUAUGCCGAGUACUGGGCGGGCAGCUUGGAGCUCCACAGCCUCGAAGGUUACGGAGUGGAUGCGUUCCUGCAGAUCUCGAAACUCGGCAACAAGAACGAACAGGUGACGACACGUGCGUCGAUCGAUGCAGUAUAG